UUUAUAUAAUGCACACACGUGCCGUGUUGAUAGCAUUUACUCUCGGUGAGACGAUAGACAAACAUGUCUUCUUGCAACAUCAUGAAAGCAGUUUCUGAUGGGAAAUUUCGUCUUGGUCGAAUCCUCGCUGAAGGAGGCGCCAAUGUUCACGAACGAAACCAAGAACAAAUGACAGUUUUAAUGGCCGCUUGUGGAAUUGAGACAAACGAAUGCCACAGGCACCAAAAACUCAAACUCAUCCAGACUUUGCUUGAAAAUGGGGCCAAUCCACAGGACCUGGACAGAAGCGGUAAAUCGUGUCUCGAGUACACACGGUCUCAGAGCAUUGAUGUCAGGAACACGGUGAUUCAAUACUUAGCCAAAACUGACCAAAAUUCAUCCACUGGUUAGUUUUUGGUGUGACAUUUUUUUUUCAUUUACAAUUCAUUUAUUUAAUUCAAAUCCAUGCCACUACAAAAAUGAUUCUUUUGUUAAUGUGUUCUUAUGUGAUGUUAAUUAUCAUUUGAUUUCUUGUUAUGUCUUGUAAAAUGAUAUACUUAUUCCUCUGUAAAUAUUUGAUAACUUAAUUGUAAUGUUAUUGCUGUUUUAAGUUUAUGAAUAUUUUUGUUAAUAGCGGAAAG